GACCUUCCGACCUUUUUUUUUAUUUUUUUUUUAUUUUUUUAUUUUCCCAACCGCAAGCUGCUGAGUGUGAUUUUCGUGACAGGAGCUCAGAUUCCGCCGCCUGCUUCCCUCACCCGAGGGGUUCGCUCAUCACAACACCGAAGCAGCGGGUGCGCCUGUCUCUUAGGUGAUCGGUGCGGUCGUGCAAGGUACUUCAGACUCCUUCUGUCGCCGUCGCCCUUUCACGCAAACUUUUGGGUGGUCCUCGCGUGUGCUUCUGGGCCUUCAUACACGGUUCGCUCGCACAAUAGCAGACGCAGGCUGCGGCGAGAUUUCGUCCAACGGCAAGUGACAGGCGAGACAGGUUCAGAGAUGUCACACGAGGGCGUGGUCCAUCAGUCUGGGGGAAUUGGCGGAGAGGUAGGUGUGUUCCUCAACCGUUGCUUCCUGUAUCUUUUUUUUCAGUUAUUUCUUUCCCCGGCUCUUUGUCAGGCCCGCAGGCUGGCUGGGAGCCUGGGUUUAUGCCGUGCUCACUUGGUGGUGGCAUCCACGAUCCACCUGAAUUUCACAAUGGUCCCGUCCAUCAGCCGUCUUGAUACCACGGCGUCCCUACCUUACCCUCUCACCGAUCAUCUCCCUCAGUGGCUCUUCCCUGGAGGGGGCUUUUUUAUAUUUUUGUGGCUUUUAUUUAUCUAUUUCAUUUUUCCUCCCCCUCUUUGCCUGGUUUAUUGUUUGGGAGUGUGUGGCUUUUUUUGGGAGAAGCUCAGGCUGGGAUCACUGCCCUUGUCCUCUAGGAAUGACGGGCAUGCCCCUGGUCCAUCGUGAGCUCCUGGCAAGCCCAAGGCCCGCUGGCAUCCUAGCUGGCUUGCGAGCAAGUGGUGUGCAAGAGUGGGUGUGUCGCAUGUUUGAAGAGAGAGAGAGAGAAAGAGAGCAUCCACUCGGGGCCACUUUGGUUUCUAGCUGCUGCUAGCGCAGUGCUUGUGGCCUCGUCGUGCCUUGUCGAUGGAAUUGCCUUUUCGGAGGAGAGUCUCCUUCUUUGUGUGUCCCAGUGCCCCCUUGUCACUCCCGCCCACCGUACCCGACAC